GACAUUUGACAGUGACGUUUAUAGUAGCACUGAUUAAUAAUAAAUAAAAGAUAAAAACAAAUUUUCCCAAAUUGUUUCCUUAUGGCUACAGAAAAAGAUCUUAUCGUGAAAGAAACACUAUACGCUGGAACAAAAUCGGUAACAUUCAAAGAUGGAACAAAGAUUCAUUUCCAUUUUCAAGCACGACUGUGCGAUAAAGAAAAAACUUUAUUAGACGAUUCGAAAGGGUUAUUAAAAGGAAAACCGUUCGAAUUAGUCUUGGGAAAAAAGUUUAAACUCGAAGUUUGGGAAGCUAUAUUACAAAAAAUGGCAGUAAACGAAGUAGCUAAAUUCACGGUCGAUAAAAGUUUAUGUUUACAAUAUCCUUUCGUUUCGAAAACGUUAAGAGACAUGAAUCGACCUCCGGAGGAAAGAAAACAUCACGUUUGCGCCAUGUCUCUUUCGACAACAGGAAUUGGUUACGACGAUUUGAAUAAAUACUUAAAGGAUCCCACAGAUAUGGAAUUUAUCAUAGAAGUGACAAAAGUUGAACAACCAGAGUCGUACGAGAGGGAAACAUGGCAAAUGGGGGAGGACGAACGUUUAGAAUUGAUCCCCAAAUUAAAAGAACAAGGAAACGAGGAAUACAAAAAAAAGAAUUAUGAAAAAGCGUCGGAUUUAUAUGCUAAAGCUCUGGGUUUACUGGAACAAUUAAUGUUGAAGGAAAAACCGCACGACGUCGAAUGGAACGAAAUGGACAAACAAAAAAUUCCGAUUUUAUUAAAUUACGCCCAAUGUAAACUGAACGAAGGAGACUUUUAUUCGGUGAUCGAACACUGUACCAAUGUAUUAAAAUCAGAUAAAAAUAACGUGAAGGCGUAUUUUCGACGAGCCAAAGCGAACGUCGGUGCUUGGAAUGUCGAGGCGGCGAAAAGGGAUUUCGAAAAAGUUAUACAACUCGAUAAAUCUCUAAUCCCCAUUGUUACCAAAGAAUUAAAUAACCUCGAAAUGCAAGUUAAACAACAAGAUAAUCAAGAUCGAGAGAAAUAUAGCAAAUUAUUUCCUUAAUAAAUAACAAUUUUACCUA